AUGCCUCCUUGUAGAGCUAAUGCUAGGAAUGUGAACGCCAGGGAUGCAAACGCAGCUCCUCCAGUCCCAGUCCCAGAACAAUCGGGUUCAUGCUCAUGUGAAUGCAAAUGGUGGAUCAGUAGCAGUGGCGGUCAGCACCAGAAUAGGUUGUAUGCUUUUCAGGCUCGCCAGGAUCAGGAAGGUUCUCCUGAUGUCGUCACUGCCCAUGUUGAGGAAGAAAAUAAGGAGCUUGUGAAGGAUGUCCACAGGCUUGCUCGCUUGGGAGUUUGCCUUAUGAGCAUAUCAGACAAUGCUGACUUCAACACUUUGGUGAACCUUGUUGUUGCCCUGGAGAAAGAAGGAACCAGUGUAUUUCGCUUUGAUUUCCCGGAAAUGGGUAAGCUCUUGUAUGGUAACUACCGUAGAGAGGCGAAUGACUUGCAUUCUGUGGUUGAAUAUUUCAAUGGAGCAAACCGCAAAGUAGCAGCAGUCCUUGGACAUAGUAAAGGUGGGAAUGAUGUGCUUCUAUAUGCUUCUAAGUAUCAUGAUGUUCACACAGUCAUCAAUUUGUCUGGCCGUUAUAAUCUAGAGAAAGGUAUUACAAGGCGCUUGGGGAAGGACUUUCUGGAAGUAAUCAAGAAGGAUAGCUUCAUUGAUGUUAAAAAUAUAGCAGCUAAAUAUAUGAUUUCUCUGUUUGUCGGAAAUGUUGAUUACCGUGUUACCGAGGAAAGUUUAAUGGAUCGACUUAAUACAAACAUGCAUGAUGCAUGCCUUCAAAUUGAUAAAGGAUGCAGGGUAUUGACAGUUCAUGGGUCUGCGGAUGAAAUUAUUCCAGUGGAGGAUGCGUUAGAGUUUGAUGAAAUCAUACCGAACCACAAAUUGCAUAUCAGCGAAGGAGCCAAUCAUUGCUAUACAUCACACCAAGCUGAGUUAACGCCUGUGAUCUUGCCAUUCAUAAAGGAAGGUCUGCAACACUGAGAAAU